AUGCCCGAUGCCCUGUCACGACUCGUGUCGCCGAAGGUCGCCGAUGACCUUCGCUCCACCGUCGAGGUGGAUGACGACAUCCCCACUUUCGACGGGGGCACGACAGUUCGAGACGUAUCGAACGAGCUCGCGGACCACGCUUGUACCGCGAGCUGUGAUCAUCCGGCCGUCCAUGUCUUCGUAACGACACGGAAUCAAGCCGAAGCCCGAACAAGGUCGCGCGCACGGACGCGCGACGAACCGCGAGGUGACGACGAAGACCCCGCUCUCCAAGGACCCAAUUCGUUUUGGGAGGAGAACGACGAGUUCGACGCCGCCGACAUCCAGCGCGCCGAAGACCCCGAGGCCGGCGCGCUCGAUUCCCCGGUCGCCCCACCGCAGGACGACCUUCCGGCCCCUCUUACGAUAGAGGAGAUAGCCGAGGAGCAACGCGUGGAUGACUUCUGCCAAACUGUUUUGGCACGACAGUCAGAGUCCCGGGACUCCGCGUUCUUCGAGGACCACCAAGGAGUGCUCAAGCGGAGACACCCCUUCGACCCUGAUAUCGUACAGGUGGUGGUACCUCGGACGCUUCGCGCCAGGCUCCUUCGCCUGUGCCACAACCCGGCCAUCGCGGGGCACCCGGGCCAGAACCGUAUGUACUACGCACUUCGACGCGAGUACUACUGGCCCCACCUGGCUGCAGACGUAGCAGCCACGACGAAGACAGGAAAAUGGUUCCUGCUCGUGAUUACGGACCGCUUCAGUAAGCUAACGCAAGUCGUUGCGCUCCGCACGAUAACAGCGCACACGGUCGCAGUUGCGUUCUGCGACUCGUGGGUGUUCAAGUAUGGCGUCCCUCGCACGUUGCUUUCGGACAACGGCCCUCAGUUUAAUGCCAAGUUCUUCCACAGCACGUGCCGCGUUCUAGGGAUAACGAAUUUGUACACUUCGGCGUACCAUCCCCAGACGAACGGGCAGGUCGAGCGUUAUAACCGAACAAUCGCCUCGAUGCUGCGGAACUACGUGGGUGAACACCAGGACGACUGGGAUGUGUACGUGGGGCCGCUUACGUAUGCGUACAACUCCCACGUACAUCGCACCACACGCACCACGCCGUUUGAGCUCGUGCUCAGCAGGCCACCGCCGGAGUUCUCUCUCCGACGGGCGGACGGCGACGCGCCCCCUUCCAAUAGGGGGAACCAACGUGCCGAGUUCCUCAAGACCUUGGAUUCGACUAUCCAGAAGGCCUACGGGAGCCUGCGUCGGACGCAGGCUCGCUACAAGCGCGACUUCGAUAAGCGCAUACGACGUAUUAAUUCCCGGCUCCGUCCCGGAGAAUACGUAUAUCUCAACCCCACCGAUGGGGCUAAGACAUCGAACAAGCUCGCCUCGCCCGCUGUCGGACCCUACCGCGUGCUCGCCAAUGACCGCCGAAUCAUCACGAUCGAUCGUGAUGGGGUCACCGAGCGAGUCUCCGCCGACCGCUGCGUGUACGCGCCGCCUCCGAUAGACGCGCCACGAGCAAGUACGACGACCCCGCGGGACCUCGCCGAUAAGGUCACCGCGGGAACGCAGUAUGCCGUCGAACGGCUACUGAGACAUCGGGUUAUGGAAGAUGGAACCACGGAGUUCCUCAUCAAGUGGGCGGAUUACGACGCGCCCACUUGGACUGCGCGGACUCACGUCCCGGAGGAGUUGGUGUCUCGUUACGCCCAACGCCUCCGGAGACGUACCGGCAGAGACCUCACCUAA